AGUGACUGACCAAGUGGAAGAUAAGCUAGACAGUAUAAUUCCAGUCAAAGUAGAAGAACCAGUAGUAGUGACUGACCAAGUGGAAGAUAAGCUUGACAGUACCAUUCCAGCCAAAGUAGAAGAACCAGUAGUGACUGACCAAGUAGAAGGGGAACUGGACAGUACCAUUCCAGCCAAAGUAGAACAACCGGUAGUGACUGACCAAGUAGAAGGGGAACUGGACAAUAUAAUUCCAGUCAAAGUAGAAGAACCAGUAGUGGCUGACCAAGUAGAAGAUAAGCUGGACAGUAUAAUUUCAGUCAAAGUAGAAGAACCAGUAGUGACUGACCAAGUAGAAGAUAAGCUGGACAGUACCAUUCCAGCCAAAGUAGAAGAACCAGUAGUGACUGACCAAGUAGAAGGGGAACUGAACAGGACUUUUCUAGCCAAAGUAGAACAACCAGUAGUGACUGACCAGGCAGGAGGGAGCUGGACAAUAUUGAAUUAGCUAUGGUAGGACAGUCAUUAGUUAUUGACCAUGUUGUAGAGAGCAGUACAAGCUCUGGCAAAGUAUCUCAGUGUGUUGCAGUUGAGUUAGAUGUAAAUAAAGCAGAAAAUACUGAAUUUGGGAUGACAGAUAAGUUUGUUUCCGUUAAUCCUAAUGGAUUCGUGGGGAACUUGUCUGUAUUCGACAGAAAAAAACAAGUAGUUGUGAAUAAUUUUGGCUUGACCAGUGUUGGUCAACACUUUGAAACUGAUAUACACGAAGAUCCAUUCAAGCUCGACAAUACUGGACUGGAAAAAACUGUAAGUGAAUCUCAUUCUUGUGAUGAAGUUCGACAUCAGCUACCAAAUUCAAAUUUCUUUGCAGCUAAACAUAACAUUGCUGCUUUGAACCUUAGUUGCAAAAAAAGUAAUACUGAGCCAGAAAUAAACAAUAACCUUGAGACUGAGUAUUGUAGUAGUUCUGAUCAAAGUAUAAGUACUCUGGCUAAGAAAAAUGACCAAGAUAUAAGUGACCAAGCUUUCUAUGGCAACACAGUUGAAGAUAUUUCCGAGUUAUCUAACAAUGUGAGUAAGAAACAAUGUACUGAUUCCGUAGUUGGUAGGAAGACAGAGAAAUCUUUAAUAUUUUUUCCAAACGAAGAAGUUAACAAAAUCUUGCACAGUUCCUGUCAAAAACCCUGUGAACAAGUACAAGAUCAACUUGUUACAGAAACUCGUGAUGUUCGAGACUGUCGAGUUAAAUAUUCGGUCGAGAACAGCUCUAGCCUUGAGGUUGGAAUAGCCCAUGUUUCUGAACUAACAAACUCCAGCCAGUCAAAUUUUGGAAAUGACAUGCUACCUGCUGGCUCAGGAACAGCACAAGAGGUGAUUGUUUCUGAUGGAAAGAAUGGCUUCUGGUCUUCUACCCUUCAGGCUGAUAGCGUAGUAACGGAACAUUCCAAAACAUUUCCAAAUCAAGAAAGCAUCGAGAAGUUUAGUCCCAGUGAAAGUGGCCGUUCUUCCGGGGACAUCCAAUUCUCAGAAGAAGAAUUCCAAUCGGCAGCUGAAUUUUUUAAGGACCCUGCAGCAUUUGAGUUCCUACAGAAGGCAGGAAACCGCCAGGCUUUUCAAGAGUCGGCUCUUUCCAGACAAUCUUUAUAUGUGAAAUUUGACCCUUUAGUAACAGGUGACACCCGUCUUAAGGAGCAUCAAGAACAAGCAAGUCACUUUGAAUCUUUGUUUGAAAGUUCGGAAGAAACUCAUCAGACGGCCACAAAACAGAUCUCUCCUAACCCAGACACAGUGGCUACAGACGGCAUUACUCGAGGUGAUGGCAGACAGAGCCAACCCUCGGAGAUUAACAAGCUUAUAGACUUCAGUCCUUCUCCAAAAAAGAAAACUGGACAUGUAACACAUGAACAAACAGAGUCCCCAAGGUCGUCCACUCUAUCUCCUAAGCAUCGGGGACAUAAAACCUUUAAUGAAGAAGAGGUUAAUCGAGCACUUAAAAUGCACGAGUUAUUAUAUCAAGAAAAACUGAUUAAAAAGGACAAGGAUUUUAAUGAACAAUUCAAAGCUAUGGAGAAGAAAAAACACAUUUUAGAGAAACAAGUUAUGUCUUUAAAAGAUGCCUUAAGCAUUAACAGGGCAGUAACAGCAGAGUUAGUUAAUUUAGUUAACAGAUUUCUGCAACAGAAAGAAAAUGAUCGGAUUGAACUGGGAGAAAAGAGUCAGAAGGUAACGAAGGAAAGAGACCAGGCCUUGGAAGAUUUGCAGAGUGUGGAAAAUGCAUUUGCUGACCUCCACAGGAGAUACGAGAAAACCAAAAGUGUUGUUGAAGGAUAUAAACAAAAUGAAGAGUGGUUGAAACAGCAGCUUAAUGAAACUCAAGCCAAACUUAAGAAGCACGAGCAGAUGUAUGAAAUGCUCCGAAAUCGUACAGAAGAGAAGCUAGACAGUGCCAAUGUUGAGAUAGAAAAUGCCAAGAAAGUCACCGAGGCAGAAAUGGCAGUCCUAACGGCACAGCUGAGGAAAGCCGAGAUGAGGAUAAGUAGUCUAGAAAAGAACUUGGAACACAAGACUAAAGAAAACACCGAACUUUCCAACAUUUGUGACGAGCUAAUUGCCAAGGUUGGGAAAGUGUAGACCUUGGGUAUAUGUAAAGUGGACAUAUGCUAUCAUGCUAGAAAUUCACCGUGAAGUCUUUCCACAAGUCUGCCUUUAGGGAAAAGACAACACAACCAUUAAUUUUCUAUUCACAACUGAAUACCACCUUCUGAUUGGUGUAAUACUAAAUUAUAUAUAGGUUUGCAUCUAUUUUGUAUACCUUUAUAUACGGUAAGAACGAAAAAUAUUUUCGCUUGGAUUUCUUUUCUUUCAACAGCAUCGAAAUGUUUUGUUGGGGUUUUUCUUUUUGUCCCCCCCUCAAAAAACCUGUUAGCCUUUUUCUUUUUUAAACAGGCCUUGACAGCUUUGGGACCAUAAUUAUAUCCAUUAAAGUAAUAUCCCACAAAAUCUAGCGUUUCCUACCCAAGUUUCGUAGCCGGUGCAGUUGGAAAAUUAGACGCAUAGUUUAGCAAGUAAGCAUAACAGAUAGCAGAAAUGUAAAAUAUUACUACUAAAAUCUUUAAAGUGUGUUUUUAACAAAUUAUUAUAUAUAUUUGUUUGAGAAUUAAUUAAAUUGUGAAAAAUCUAACUAAUAAAAAUAAUUAUCCUAUUAUUAUGUACAGUAUAUUAUUGCAACAUCCCCCCCAACCAGAUAUCAUAACGCUUUUAGAAAACACAGUAACAGUGAUGAUUAGUGAAUGUUUUGUAGAAAGACGUUUUUUGUUAAUUCAUGUUUAUUUUAUCUGCAGGAUAUGUAAAAAGUUCUCUACACGUUAAAUAAAUUAAGUGUUUUACCAUAUAA